CAUCUGUGGAAACGAGGAAGAAAGCGAGACAGCGAACGCGACAGGCGCGUGGUGGCGCGUGAUUGGUGCCCCGCCCCCCUAUCACUUCGCCUCGCCUGCAGUACUUGUGCAGCUCGGCACAGGUCACCUUGGGCAUCUGGCGAUCGGCAGCACUUACAGCCAGGCCGACCCUCCGACAGCUCGUUGAGUCUCCUUUCAACCCGUGAAGUGCUUUCGCGAGCUUCGUUGUCGGCUAAAAGCGCAAGAUGGCUGGCCAAUUCUCCUACCCUCCAGCUGAGGUCAUGAGGGAGCUCAAGGCCACUGCCGAGGCCAUCGUGACGCCUGGCAAAGGCAUCUUGGCUGCUGAUGAGAGUACAGGCACCAUGGGCAAGCGCCUGCAGGCAAUUGGUGUCGAGAACACCGAAGAGCACCGGCGCCUGUACAGGCAGCUGCUGUUCACCUGCCCUGAGCAGAUGAACAGUGCCAUCAGUGGCGUUAUCCUGUUCCAUGAAACAGUCUACCAGCAGGCCGACAAUGGAACUCCAUUUAUCAAGAUCCUUGAGAACCGUGGCAUCAUCCCGGGAAUCAAGGUGGACAAAGGUGUCGUGCCCCUGAUGGGCUGUGACGACGAGGGCACUACUCAGGGUCUCGAUGACCUGACCAAGAGGUGCGUCCAGUACCGCAAGGAUGGCUGCCGUUUUGCCAAGUGGCGCUGUGUGCUCAAGAUCCGCGACCACUGUCCAUCACCCCUCGCCAUCCUGGAGAAUGCCAAUGUCCUGGCCCGCUAUGCUGUCUGCUGUCAGCAGGCGGGCCUCGUUCCCAUUGUGGAGCCCGAGGUGCUUCCCGAUGGAGACCACGACCUUGAACGGACGCAGAAGGUCACCGAGCAGGUGCUGGCCGCUGUGUACAAGGCCCUGAACGACCACCAUGUCUAUCUGGAGGGCACUCUGCUGAAGCCCAACAUGGUGACCCCUGGGCAGAGCUGCACCAGGAAGUACACGCCCACUGACGUGGCCCGUGCCACCGUCACCUGCCUUCAGAGGACCGUGCCGCCCGCCGUUCCCGGCGUCGUGUUCCUCUCUGGAGGACAGUCUGAGGAGGAGGCAUCCAUCCACUUGGAUGCCAUCAACAAGUACCCUGCCAAGAAACCGUGGCACCUGACCUUCAGCUUUGGCCGCGCCCUGCAAGCCAGUGCCCUGAAGGCCUGGAGUGGCAAGCCUGCCAAUGUCAAGCAGGCCCAGGAGGAGUUCAUGAAGCGUGCCAAGGCUAACCACUUGGCUUGCCAAGGGCUCUACUCCCCUGGUUCCAUUCAGAGCCUGGUCGCCGAUCAGUCCAACUUUGUCCCCACCCACACCUACUGAUUUUGCUUUUUUUUCUACGUGGCACAGCCUGGGAAUCUUUUUUUUUUUUGAGUUGUGGCGCUGUUUUACCUACCUUAAUUUCUUCGUUAAUGUUCCCCCAUUGUGUUUUGGGAAGCCUUGUAGUUUUCCUACCUUGUAGUUUUCUGUUAACUACUACUGUUCUUGGUUAUCUGCAACUUCACCACCUGCUGUACGACCUUUUUUCGUUACUCUUUCAAAUGCACGAGAGUCCCCUACACUUUCUGCGGCUGCACUGCUUUUCCCCUGAGCACCACUUUGCCGCUGCUGAAAAGAGUGAACAACUGUUUGUUAGAAUUGCAUGGCUUGAUGAUCAAGUUGAUGAGAUCGCUUUUUUGUGAUUAUAGUAGUUUGACGUGUUUUUGUACUUUGAUGCAUGGAACCACUUGUCAGUGCGUAGCAAAUUGCAUUCACUAUUUACGAAUUUGUACGCAUUUUACCCCAAUUUUUAUAGAAGUCUAGACAUUUUACUUGCAUUUGUGCAGCCGUAUUGUUGGAUGUAUGUGUAAUAGUGGCCCUGUUUCUAAACAUUCCUUCAGAGAGCAUUUUUUAUUUGCACACUUUUCAAAAUGUUUGCCUGCCUAGUUAGGUGUACCGUAGAAAGUUGCUUGUGGUUGCGAGAAUUUGCUCAUCAAAAACUGUUAGGCAUGCUUGUCUCACGAGUUCUUGCGAGUCCGAUAUCAUCUGCACGUGUUGCAUGCUUAUAUUAGGCGUUCCUUUUGAGUAGUGUGUGCUUCUGUAUUGCAAUGCCUUGUUCAUUGCUACAGAACGGACCAGCAUGCAUUCGCGCAGGUUCUACGAAGACGUGGUUGCAUCGUGCAAUUUUGUUUUGCUCAAGAGCUCUCAGAUUUUUUGGCAUCGUUCUUUUUUUCUGUUGAGAAUGUUAUAUUUUGAAUUUUUCUUGCCAUACCUCUAUUUACGAGGCCCUUUAUUUACAAAAGGAAAUUGUGUACAGAAACCGAUACUUUUAUAGACUUUACUCAUGCAUCAGGGGUGCAUAUUCUACGAGCCUUGUUGCGCCAAGCGAAUUGCCCGUAGUAUGUGACAAAUUGUUUUCCUUUUGCCAUCUGCCGUUACUAGUGAUACUCGCAGAAGUGUACUGUUUUGAGAAGUGUGCAGCCUUAUUCUGGUAAAGGUGGUGCCUGCCGGUCAUAACGAUUUUAUGAAAUCCACACCGAGUAAGUGAAGGGUAAAUGCGACUGUGUCUAAACUGUUGCGACAAUGUGUUCUGUUUUCGACACAGGCCAACAACGAAGCUGCUCUAGGAAAGUACAGCGGCGGCAUUUCUGGAGCGGCUGCCUCACAGAAUCUCUUUAUCAAAAACCACAUGUACUAAGGGGCGCCCGAAACUUCUUUUUCUCUCUCUCGGCUAACUGUAACAGCACUUCGUCGCCGCACCUUUCCGUGCUUCUCCCGGUGUUAGAUGCAUCUAAAUUGUACCCCUCCUCCUGUGUGGACUGGACAUUAGCUUUAAUGCUAGCGCCAUUAUUUGGUGUUUCCCAAAACAUUUGAUGUCCUGUGCACAAUAAAAGUCGAGUUGAGAGUUGACUCCUUGUAUCAAUUUUCUUUUCUUGCGCACACUCUGUAGGUACAAUUGCAUUUUAACGAAAAUGUGCACAGGUUUUGGUUUUCGGGAGUACGGUUCAUGCAGCAAAUUCACUUCUCUCCUUGCAAGACUAGGAGCUGAACAAUAUUUCCUUUCACUAUAGACGGAGAGUACCUAACGAGUCAUCUGCGUGCAGAUUUCAAUAGAAUUUUCUGUGCAUACGUGGUACCCUGAUUAUGAAUGAGACUCCUCAUAUAAUAAGACAAUUGCUCCCUGGUGCAUGUCUCUUAUAAAGGGGUUCAACUGUAAUAGAAGUCUGUUUGCACUCUUGUCAACAUUGGCUCGGGCAGUAAUGCUGGCAAAGUAGAACGGUGGCAAAAUGGAACACUGCUGGCAAAAUAGAACAGCACAGCAUAGGUUGCAGACCUCUCCGAUAUGGGCCAAUCGUACGCACUGCCAAAAUGGUGUUUGUGCAACUGAACGGCAGUGUUGCGACGUCGUGCGAUGCCUCUACUCGGGUCACAUGACCCAGAGCUGUUGAGGUGUAUUCUACUGAUGUCUCGAGGGUUAAAACACUGCAGUGGUGCUACCGAUCAGUUUAGAAGCUGGGCCAUUCCAGGGUACAUGCACAAAUUUCGGCAAAUUUACCGGGUGUCGCCUUGGUAACCACUGUAUGCACAUACAGUGCAGGGCAGGCUUUCCAGCUAAGCUUGAUCCAGGGUACCAUGUUGGACACAAGUGUUCUAACUCUCUUCAAACAAUAACCUAAAAAAUAUAUUUUGCUAUGUACAUGCAACACGUAGGUAGGAAAUGAUAAGUCUAGACUUUUUACUUGCAUUUGUGCAGCCAUAUUGUUGGAUGUGUGCGUAAUACUGGCCCCGUUUCUAAACGCACUUUGUUUUUGACAUUCCUUAACAGAGCAUUUGCACACUUUUCCAAAUAUUUGCCUGCCUAGGUGGACGUACCGUAGAAAGUUGCUUGUGGUUGCGAGAAUUUGCUCGUCAAAAACUGUUAGGCAUGUUUGUCUUGCGAGUUCUUGCAAGUCUGAUAUCUGCACGUGUUGCAUGCUAUAUCAGGCGUUCAUUUUGAGUAGUGUGUACUGCCGUUUUGCAAUGCCUUGUUUAUUGCUCGAGAAUGGACCAGCAUGCAUUCACGCAGGUUCUACGAAGACGUGGUUGCAUCGUGCAGUUUUGUUUUGCUCAAGAGCUCUCGGAUUUUACGGCGUUGUGAAGGGUAAAUGUGACGGUGUCUAAACUGUUGCGACGAUGUGUUCUGUUUUCGACACAGGCCACCAGCGACGCUGCUCUAGGAAAGUACGAGGGCGGUGUUACUGGAGCGGCUGCCGAAGAGAUCCUCUUUAUCAAAAACCACGAGUACUAAGGGGCUCCCGAAACUUCUUUUUCUCUCUCUCGGCUAACUGUAAUAGCACUUCGUCUCCGCACCUUUUGGUGCUUCUCCCGGUUUUAGACGCAUCUAAAUUGUACCCCCCUCCUGUGUGGUUUGGACAUUCCCUUAAUGCUAGUGCCAUUAUUUGGAGUUUCCCAAAACAUUUGAUGUCCUGUGCACAAUAAAGAGUUGAGAGUUGA